AUGGGUCAGGACCAAUCCAUGGCUUUCGCAAACGACACCAUUUCAGGUGAACAAUACCGCGCCCAUCAAGUGUCACGCCAGGACAUCAUUCGCCGCGCGUUCCAGAAAUGUGUCGUUCCCCUUAACGGUGGAGCUGGUGAUAAAAAUGGUUUGGGUUUGGACAGCGGGGAGAGGGCAUGCGUGGAAGAGUUUGCUCUACUGUACAGCGCGUAUGGUAAGAACGGGUUCGCUCAAUUCAGCCAACUGUAUGAACAAUACCAAAGGGACAUGUUUGAGAAAGCACGCGUGGAAAUGAUGACCCAGCAGGCGAGAAAGGAACUUAGUCGUUAA